UUGUCGGCCACUUCAAAAUGUCAACAAUCUGGUGAAAAUGAGGAGAAAAGAGGGUGGAUUAGCAAACUUUUGGUGGGUUUUUUGAGCAAAAAUUAGAGCAGAGAAGAAUUUUGAACGAAAAAUUUGUAAUUUUUUGAAACUAGAUGAGCCUAGGCUUGUUUGGUGUCAAAAAAUUCGAAAAAAAAUUUGAAUUCAGAAUUUUCGCUCCAAAAAAUCGAACCCAGGCUUGUUUGGUGUCAAAAAAUUCGAAAAAAAAUUUGAAUUCAAAAUUUUCGCUCCAAAAAUCGAACCCAGGCUUGUUUGGUGUCAAAAAAUUGGAAAAAAAAUUUGAAUUUAAAUUUUUCGCUCCAAAAAUCGAACCCAGGCUUGUUUGGUGUCAAAAAAUUCGAAAAAAAUUUGAAUUUAAAUUUUUCGCUCCAAAAAUCGAACCCAGGCUUGUUUGAUGUCGAAAAAUCCCAAAUUUUUCAUUCCAGAAAGGUCAAGAUCCAUCAGCAUGGCAAAAACAAUCACAUUCAUCAUUGCUCUCGAAUUCCGAAUAUAUGUAUGAAUUUCAAAGUGAGUUUUGAGUUUUUUUUCGGGAAAAUCCCUUUUUUUGGGUGAAAAAUGACCCAAAAAACGCUAUUUUUGGCCUAAAAAAGCCCCAGAAAGCCCGAUUUUUUCCUACAGCCCACAAUUAUCGGCCCGGAGAGCAGGAGACUUAUCUGAAAGCAUUUGCCAACUACAAAAAUGAGCUCAACUCAAAAGCGCCAAGUGUUGAAUUGGUGGGAAGUUGGACUGUUGCUUAUGGACGGACUAGAGAUCAGGCGAUUCAUUUGUGGAGACACAAUAAAUCGCAUGAGGAUGUGGAUUUGUGAGUUUUUUUUUGGGCUGAAAAUUGAGAUUUUUGAGCUGAAAAUGAGUUUGAAACGUGAAAUUUGGAGCAUUUUGAGCCCAGAAACUGGAAAUUUGAUGAAAAAUGAAGGUUUUUGAGCAAAAUCUUGAAAUGUGGAGCAUUUUGAGCUCAGAAACGGGAAAUUUGAUGAAAAAUGAAGGUUUUUGAGCAAAAUCUGAAAAUUUUGAGCAUUUUUAGCCCAGAAACUGGAAAUUUGAUGAAAAAUGAAGGUUUUUGAGCAAAAUUCUGAAAAUUUGGAGCAUUUUGAGCCCUGAAACUGGAAAUUUGAUGAAAAAUGAAGGCUUUUGAGCAAAAUCUGAAAAUUUGGAGCAUUUCGAGCUCAGACUCGAUUUUUCCAUGAAAAUCUGAUUUUCGCACUCAAUUUUCAAGAUUUUUGGCUGAAAAUGAGCCUUGGAUGAUUUUAGAGCGAAAAUCCACGUAUUUUGAGUCUAGAUAUGCUUAGGUUCAAUUUCGCAGCGAAAAAAAUUGAAUUUCAAGUUUUCUGGGCUGAAAAUGAGCCUUGGAUAAUUUUUGAGCGUGAAAUUUGGAGCAUUUUGAGCCUAGGCUCAAUUUUUCUGCAUAAAAAUUGUUUCAAAAGCUACAGUACCCCCAAAAGUAUGUCAAAUUCGGGCUCAAAAUGCUCCAAAUUUUCUCUCCAGAAACAUUGCUCUUCACACCAAAGAUGCCGCCAUCCGCGCAGCCGACAAUGACGUGGCAAAAUUGUGCGGUCGCCGCAAAAACAUCAUCGUCAAAUCGUUCAGCUACUGGAAAGAGCCCGAAAAUCGGCCGCCAUCGCAUGUUUACGAUUUGAGAAGUUAUGUUUUGCAGGUUGGUGGCUGAAAAUUUGACUGAAAAUGAGCUGAAAAUCAUGAUUUUUGACUGAAAAUGAGCUGAAAAUAAUGAUUUUUGACUGAAAAUGAGCUAGAAAUCAUGAUUUUUGACUGAAAAUUUGAGAAUUUGACUGAAAAUCACUGAAAAAUGCUCAAUUUUCAUCAAAAAACACGAUUUUUGGUUCAAAAUUCAUCAAAAAUCGUGAAAAUUCACGAUUUUCAGCCCAUUUUCAGCCCAAAAAUCUCGAAAUUUCCAGCCAGGAACCAUGAUUGAAUGGGCUUCCGCUUGGGCAAAAGGAAUCAAUUAUCGUCGCGAACACAAUCAGGAUGUUGGAGGAUUUUUCGCGCAAGUCGGACAACUCUAUGUGGUUUAUCAUAUUUGGGCAUAUCCAACAAUGUCGGCGAGAAAUGAUACGAGAACUUCGACUUGGGCGAAACCUGGAUGGGAUGCUACUGUUGCUUAUACUGGUGAGUUGAUUUGGAGCAUUUUGAGCCCGAAUUUGAUGGGAAAAUGUUGAAAAUUGGAAAAUUUGGAGCAUUUUGACCUGAAAAUCUGAAAAAUUCUCAAUUUUUGGAGCAUUUUGAGCCCGAAUUCGAUGGGAAAAUGUUGAAAAUUGGAACAUUUGGAGCAUUUUGAGCCCGAAUUUGAUGGGAAAAUAUUGAAAUUCUGAAUUUUUGAGCCCAAAUUUUAUCUGAAAAUCUCAAAAUUCACAAUUUUUGGAGCAUUUUAAGCUCAAAUUUGAUGGAAAAUCUUGAAAUUCUGAAUUUUUGGAGCAUUUUGAGCCCGAAUUCGAUGGGAAAAUCUUGAAAUUCUGAAUUUUUAGAGCAUUUUGAGCCUGAAUUUAAUGGGAAAAUCUGAAAUUUCAUGAUUUUUGGAGCAUUUUGAGCUCAAAUUCGAUGGAAAAUCGUUGAAAUUCUGAAUUUUUGGAGCAUUUUGAGCUCAAAUUUGAUGGGAAAAUCUAAAAUUUCAUGAUUUUUGGAGCAUUUUGAGCCCGAAUUCGAUGGGAAAAUGUUGAAAUUCUGAAUUUUUGGAGCAUUUUGAGCCCGAAUUUGAUGGGAAAAUGUUGAAAUUCUGAAUUUUUGGAGCAUUUUGAGCCCGAAUUCGAUGGGAAAAUGUUGAAAUUCUGAAUUUUUGGAGCAUUUUGAGCCCGAAUUUGAUGGGAAAAUGUUGAAAUUCUGAAUUUUUGGAGCAUUUUGAGCCCGAAUUCGAUGGGAAAAUGUUGAAAUUCUGAAUUUUUGGAGCAUUUUGAGCCCGAAUUUGAUGGGAAAAUGUUGAAAUUCUGAAUUUUUGGAGCAUUUUGAGCUCAAAUUUGAUGGGAAAAUGUUGAAAUUCUGAAUUUUUGGAGCAUUUUGAGCCCGAAUUUGAUGGGAAAAUGUUGAAAUUCUGAAUUUUUGGAGCAUUUUGAGCUCAAAUUUGAUGGGAAAAUCUAAAAUUUCAUGAUUUUUGGAGCAUUUUGAGCCCGAAUUCGAUGGGAAAAUGUUGAAAUUCUGAAUUUUUGGAGCAUUUUGAGCCCGAAUUUGAUGGGAAAAUCUUUAAAUUCUGAAUUUUUGGAGCAUUUUGAGCACAAAUUUUAUCUGAAAAUCUGAAAUUUUAUGAUUUUUAGAGCAUUUUGAGCUCAAUUUCGAUCUAGAAAUAUUUUUCCACGUGGAAAAAUCUACAGUAACCCAUUUGGUAUCAAAAUGCUCCAAAUUUUUCGCCCCAAACAACUACAGUACCCCUGGACACUACAGUACCCCCUGCAAAAAUCAAUAAUCAUUUUUCUCUUCCAGUUCCACUCAUCAAAAAAAUGCAAUCGAAAAUCCUGACACCCAACGAAUUCUCGCAACUUCAAUAA